AUGGACUUUACGCCCGAAAAUUGGACCCAACAACUCAUGUCCACACGCCUCAACGAUGACUCUAUGACCUUAACUCUCGACCAACCGUACGUGGACAUUGAUCUGGAAGAUACAUUUGACACAACAUCAGAUUACAUGAGACACUCAGCCCCAAUAACCACCCAUCCACCAGGAGAUCUGUACUUCCCCUCAAAUUCUCUAGGAUCAGACAUGAGCCUAGCCCCGCCAGCCAUUGACCAUGACCUAAAGGCAUUUCACACCCCGGAGCAGAUGUCAUUACUGGAUCUUAAAGACGCUGAUCUUACAACAUGGUCCUACAACACCCCUAGACCAGAUAUACAACCGAUCCAAGACAUAUGGGUGCUUGAAAGACCACAUCAACCAAUCCCCAUUCUACUAGACCCUUCGAAUUCGAGUUUCUGCCAACUGCAAUCACCUGAUACAAGUCCCGACACGAGAUAUCGUGAGCCCGUCCCCAGAUUCCAGUUGCAGCUGCUACAAGCACGCGAUGGGGGAGCUCGGGAUACGGUCAAGUCUACGCACUGGACAGGAUGGCUCAGUCAGUAUUAA